AUGUGGCUGGUUUGGGUGGUGAUAUGCUUAAUCCAACAAGCAGUGACCUCAGAAAAAUCUAUAAAUGGAAGACAUUUGAAUCCUGAACAUUUGAUGAACAUAAGUGAAAUCAUUCAGUAUUGGGGAUACCCUAGUGAAGAGUAUGAAAUCCUGACAAGUGACGGCUAUUAUCUGAAAGCAAACAGAAUUCCUAAUGGAAUACACAGUCCUGAAAAGACAGGGCCUAAACCAGCUGUGUUACUGGUAUCUGGUUUUGUGACUGAAGGAAGAAGUUGGCUCAUCAAUCUUCCCAGAAAUAGCCUGGGAUUUGUUCUAGCAGAUGCUGGCUAUGAUGUUUGGAUAAUAAAUAACAGAGGAACUACCUGGUCUAGAAGACAUCAGAACUUAACAAUUGACCAAGAAGAAUUCUGGAAUUUUAGUUUUCAUGAAAUGGCAAUUUAUGAUAUUCCUGCAACUAUAAACUUUAUACUACAUAAGACAAAGCAGGAUAGUUUAUAUUACAUUGGUCAUUCUCAAGGAGCUUCAUUGGGUCUUAUUACUUUUUCAGCCUUUCCACAGCUUGCUCAGAAAACGAAGCUUUUAGUAUGCCUUGCACCUCCCUACACAAUGAAGGACCUCCAGGGACCAACAAAAUAUAUUUUACGACUUUCCUACAAAGUUAAAAGGUAUUUAUGGGGCAAUAAAGACUUUCGUCUUCUAAGCAACAGAACAAAAAACGUCAGUGCCAAUCUAUGCAGCUACCCAGAAAUAAACAAGAUUUGCAUCCAAAUAAUUUUCUCUGUUGUGGGUUUUAAUCAAAACAAUAUAAAUGUGAGUCGAGCCGAUCUUUUUUUUGGAAGUUACCCUGAUUUUGCUUCUGUGAAAACUCUAUUUCAUUGGACCCAGAUCUUUGAAUCAAAUGAAUUUAAACAUUUCGACUUUGGAAACCAGAACAAAGCUAUAUACAACAUGACCAAGCCCCCUUUUUAUAAAUUAGAAGAUAUAACUGUGCCAACAGCUGUUUGGAGUGGUGGGAAUGACUUCAUAGUGACUCCAGAGAACAUAAAUCACCUGCUCCAGCAACUUACUAACUUAGUUUUCCAUAAGUAUAUUCCUAGCUGGCACCAUGCUGAUUUUAUCUGGGGCCUUGAUGCCCCAAAAUACUUGCAUGAGGAUAUUUUUCAUCUAAUGCAGAAUUACAAAUAA